UGGCAUUCAAGGAAAUAUCUCCAGCAGUUCAGGUGAUUUAGCACAGCUAGCCUUCAGUACUCAGAUCCUGACCUCCCAACCAGAGCUGCUAUCAGCUGACAGCAUCACCACAGCAGCUCAGAUAGCUAACAAGCUGCUUCAGUCUGUAAAUAUCACAGAGGAUAUCGCAGUGGCAGCUGUAACUACCAUCAGUCAGCUACUGAAUGCCAGUGGGGAGAUUACACAGGAGAGUGAUGCUGUCCAGAGCCUCACAGAGACACUGGAGAAGUUUUCCCUGGACCAGCAGAAUAAUGUGUCCUUGGUGGUUCAGCCCAACCUGGUAGUCCAGUCUGUCCAAGUACCAAGUGACACAGUAGGGAUCCAGUUUACUGCUCUGACUGGAAGUUCUGGUAAUUUUGUGGCCGACAGAAUUAAUCUCAACACCAAUACCUCUGAACUGAUAGCUGACAAAGGAGGUGCUACCGAUGUCCAGAUUGUCAUAAAAUUCCCACCAGUUUUACGUAAUAAAAACACAAACUACUCCAUUGGUUUUGUGCUCUACCAAAACGACCGGUUCUUCAGGUCCAGGGCAUUCACAGCUUCUUCAGGAACCAACAGAAGGGUAAUCUCUGCUAACCUGGGACAAGUGUCUGGGUUGCAUGUUGAGAUGCUCUUCAAGCCUACAGCUGUCCCCAACGCCUCCCUCUAUGACUUUGCCUGCGUGUCGUGGAACUACACGUUGAAAGACUGGAGCACCUAUGGCUGCUCCAAAGUCAACCACUCAGAAGACGGCCUGCAAUGUUUCUGUAAUCACACCACUAACUUCGCUGUGCUCAUGUCAUUCAGGAAUGAUUUUAAGUACGCUGAAGUUCUAAACUGGAUCACCACAUUGGGAUGCUCCAUGUCCAUCAUAGGGUUGAGUUUAACAAUAACAUUCCAGAUCGCAACCAGGAAAUCACGCAAAACCAACCCAACGGUCCUUUUAGUGAGCGUCUGCGUGUGUCUCCUGAUCUUCACCCUCCUCUUCAUGUUGGGGGUGGACAACCCUCAUAAACAGCUGGAGAAACCUGAAAUACAGGAGGACAACAUUCUCCCCCCGUCCGACACACACACAGAGCGGGACAGAGGCCCCUGUACUGCAGUCACAGUCCUGCUGCAGUACUUCCUGUUGGGGACGUUCACCUGGAACACGCUGUACGCCACACAUGUCUUCCUGAUGAUCAGAAACAGCCUGGCCACCAGCCCGUCACACUUCACAGCCUAUACUGUGGCCAUCGGAUGGGGACUGCCUGCGGUUGUGGUGGCCCUCACCUUAGGAAUUAGUUACAGAGUGGAUGAUCCACUGGGUUACAGGCAGGAGGAAUUUUGCUGGCUUGCUGCCCUCGAUCCAAAGGGGAACUUUGACUUCAAGCUGCCAAUGUUUUGGGGGUUCCUGAUCCCUGUGGCGUUCAUGCUUAUCUUCAACAUGGUGGUGUUGGUAUAUUUUGUAGUUACCACAUCCAAGACCAACCCACAUAUAACCAGUACAAGACACACAUCGAUGAAGAAGAAAUUCCUCAGUAGCUUUUCUCUGGCUGUGGUGCUCGGUCUCUCCUGGAUCCUGGGCUAUCUGUUGCUCAUUACACAGAACCAGACCAUGUACACCAUACUCAACAUCUCCUUCUGUGUACUCACCACCACUCAGGGCUUGCAGGUUUUCAUUCUGUUCACAGCAAGAACAGCAAUUGUCAAGAAAAAGAUGUCAAGUGCUUUGAAAUCUGUCUCUAGCGCUGGGAUCCCUCUUCACACCAAGAAGUACAGUCUAUGGCGAGGCGAGCAAAGUGAAAAAGUAGAAUCAUACACACAGCAGGACACUGAUCUGUCAUUUCUACCUUGUUCCUCACAGACAUCUAACUGAUGGGCUGCAAGUUCAACCUCUGUUGUAAAAUAUCUCAUAUACCGCCACUAUUUCCUAUAAUAUACAGAAUAAUACACACCAUUUUGUAUCAAUGUAUUUUUACUGUAAAUUCCCUCAGAAGUUGUGUUGUCCAAGAAUUUUUUGGCUAUGCACAUACUGUAUAUACAUACUGUAUGUGUUUUUUGAAAUAUAACUGUUUUGAAUAAAACUGUGAUUAUUCUCUUUGAAUCGAA